AUGAAACAGGGCCGAAGCUCGGCUUGCAGUGCAAGGUUGUGGCUGGCCGUCACGAGCUCGCAGGUUGCCAACCUAAACAUAUCGGCCAAUGUUGCCUCAGAGUAUGGCUGCAAUGCUACUUGCUACAAAGCCCUCAGUGCUGGUCUGGCCAUCGACGCUGCGGCAUACGGCGCCCUGUACAACGAGGAUUUCUAUGCGACAGCGGAUAACUUCUCUGCUUCGGUACCGGGAGACAUCCUAAAGUUUCAGCCCAUCAACUCUGACGACUUGUCAGGCAGCGUGCCGAAAGGCACGACUGCCUACCGGCUCCAGUACACCUCAAUCGACCUUUUUGGCAAUAAGGUCCCGGUGACUGGCUUUGUCGCUUUCCCAUACGCCAAUCGAACGAACGUUCAUCUAUUCCAGACAGUUGCAUGGGCACACGGUACCUCGGGCGUCUUCAAAGGUUGCGCUCCUUCCGUCAUGCCCAGCUUGUACGAGUAUGCCAGCUGGUCGCAUCUCAUUGAUAGAGGCUACACGGUUGUUGCGAUCGACUACGCUGGCUUGGGCAACGACAACACUGGCCAUCCGUAUGUGGCACUAUCCGCCCACGCCAACGAUGUUUUCUACUCGGUGGCUGCUAUGAGCGUCGGCUACUCUCAGGGUGGAGGCACGGUUUACUCGGCUCCCGCUGGCAAAUACCUCGGAACAAUCGCUCAGGCGCCAGGAGUGUUCAUGGGCAGCACGGCUCUCGCAGCCUCAGAAUCUCCGAAAAACUUCACUUCCGAUGUGGGUUCGUCCCGUAGUGUUUUCGGCGAGCUUGGCUGGGCAUUGAUUGGUGUCCAAAACAUCUACCCGAACAAGACCGUCGACUGGAUCGACUCUACCUUCAAAAAGCGCCUGGAGCUUGCCAAAAAGGCGCAGGCAUGCUACGCCUCAAUGGAAUCUCUCGCAACUGACCUCAACAUCAACCACAUUGUCAGCCUCUCGGCUAAUACCACCGCCGAGCAAGCUCAACGAAUCAUAUCACUCUUGGACGAGCUGUCAGCUGUUGGGGUGAAGAAGAGCUGUCAGCCAAUUCUCGUCGUUCAAGGCCUUGAGGACGUGUCAGUGUUGCCUCAAGUGGUGGAGUCAGCAUAUAACGCAACCUGCCAGGCGGGCAGUGAGGUACAUCUGCAGUUAUACCUUGGACUCGACCACGAUCUUGUAAUCCCGGCCUCAGCACCCUAUUUCCUGCAGCGAAUGGACGAUCGCUUUGACAGUGUUGCAACGCAAGGCGGAUGCUCUAGAGAGACCGUGGAGCCUUGAUGCUAGCAACAUGUAUGCACCAGAAGACGAGGCCUAAUAGACAGACAGCUGCCAAUUGUGCCUACGACAACAUAUCGGUCUAGAGCUGUUACACACUGUUCUGGCCCGGAAACAUAUGAGGCAUCACCAAUACAAGUAAAACUUAGCAACCUAAACAGGCUUCGAGGCUCACAGCAUGUUGCCUUUGUCUUG